CCAUUAUCUCUUUUACUUUAAAACGUCCAAUUCAACCAUGAAGAUAAAAGUCUCCCACUCCUUCCCUAUCAAAUCCAAAUGCACCGUCACCCCAGACCAAAACUCAAUCCUCAAACCCCUCAAACUCUCCGUCUCCGAUCUCCCCAUGCUCUCCUGCCACUACAUCCAGAAAGGCGUCCUCCUCCCUCCGCCGCCGCUCCCUCUCCUCCCCCUCCUCCAACGCGCCCUCUCCCGCUCCCUCUCCCUCUUCCCCCCCCUCGCCGGCCGCCUCUCCACCGACCCCGCCGGCCACGUCCACAUCCACUGCAACGACGCCGGCGCCGACCUCAUCCACGCCGACGCCUCACACCUCCACGUCACCGAUUUACUCAACUCCACUAACGGCGACGUUCCUCACGCCGUCAAAGGAUUGUUCGCAUUUGACGGCGCCGUUAGUUACAACGGACAUUUCCGUCCAAUUCUCGCCGUCCAGGUCACCGAGCUGGCUGACGGAAUCUUCAUCGCGUGCUCCGUCAGUCACGCCGUGGUGGACGGAACCUCCUUCUGGAAUUUCUUCAAUACGUUUGCGGAGGUGUGCAGAGGCGCGGAGAGGAUUUCGAAAUCGCCGGAUUUUAGGCGCGAGUCGGUUUUGAUCUCCGAUGCGGUGCUCCGGCUGCCGGAGGGAGGUUUUGCGGUUGAUUUCGGUAACGAUCCGAUUCGAGAGAGGAUUUUCAGUUUCAGCGGAGAAUCAAUUUUGAAAUUGAAAUCGACUGUGAAUAAUCAAGUUAACAUGGCCGAGAUGAUGGGGAAGCAAUCCAACGAUAAGCUGAUUACGAAUAAGGCGGCGAUUGCUGAGAUCUCAUCGUUUCAAUCGCUGUGCGCGCUGCUGUGGGGGGCGAUCACGCGAGCGCGAAAUCUGCCGGCGGAUAAAACGACGACGUUUCGGAUGGCGGUGAAUUGCAGGCAUCGGCUGGAUCCGAAGUUGGAGGAGUUCUACUUCGGGAACGCGAUCCAGAGCGCGGCGACGGCGGCAUUGGCGGGGGAGGUGGAGGGGAAGGGGGUGAGGUGGUGCGCGGAGAGGCUGAACGGAACGGUGGCGGGGCACGGGGUGAGGGAGUAUGUGGAGGAGUGGGAGAGGGAGCCGAGGUGUUUUCCGCUGGGGAAUGCGGGCGGGGGGAUGGUGGUGAUGGGUAGCUCGCCGAGGUUUCCGAUGUACGAGAAUGAUUUCGGGUGGGGGAGGCCGGUGGCGGUGAGGAGUGGGCGGAAUAACAAGUUUGAUGGGAAGAUAUCCGCGUUUCCGGGGCGGGAAGGGGGCGGGUCGGUGGAUUUGGAGGUGGUUUUGGCGCCCGGGGCUAUGGCGGGUCUGGAGUCCGACCCGGAGUUCAUGCAGUAUGUAACUCUUUGUUAGUCGGGUUGAAUCGGGUUGGGUUGGAGAUUGAAAAAUGAUUUCGUGAGGAAUGGGAAUUUUGAAUGAUUUCGUGAGGAAUUGGAAGAAAUAAAUUAUUAAAGCAAUCUAUCUACAUUGGUAUGAUGAAUGUGUUUACUUACUAAUUUUAGCACAUCAGUUUGUUAGUUAUUUUUAGAGUAGUUGAAAAAUGGUCAUUUAUUUCUAAAGUAGCUAUCUAUUUUCAUGAGAGAAUUGAGCAUGCAUUGUCGUGGUGCUUGUUAAGAAUGCAAGGGAUUCAUGACCAUAUGAAAUCACAAACAGCCAUGCAAUUGCUAUGAAAUCAAUUUUCUUCUUUGCACCUUUGUAUUGUUUUUUCUAUCCCAUAAUUUCUAUA